AUGAAAGGCCGAGAUAUAGGAUCGACAGAGCUGUGCUGCGUAUCAUGUGGUGUGCAGUUCACUUAUGAGGAUUGUACAGCAUGUGUGAAAAUAGAUGGCAACAUGUCGCCCUGGUUAGGCGUCAAUAUUAGUGUCAGGCAGGGUCACGUGUUGUCAGCAAGGCUGUUUAUGGUGUAUUUCAACAGUUGUCUUCAGAGAAUAAAAACUAUGAAUGUUGGAUUGCAAAUAGGUGAUCUAAUUGUUAACUGCAUUCAGCAGCAGAUGAUGCCUUGGUGCUUGCAGAAAAUCCAACUGAUCUGCAAACUCUAG